UUUCUUUUCAGAGACUGCCAAGCUAAUAUCAACUAUAUUUCGAGGACACAAAGUAUAUAUUGCAACAAAGUUCAGCGGCAAUAGUCUUCCAUCCAGGACAGCCGACGGUUGUCAAGAUGCUGGCCAAAGCACUCGCCGUGUUCGCAGCUCUUUCCCUAGCCGCGGGGAAGCAAACCGGCGACGUGGUCCGCCCCUGCGUGCUGAGUGACCACCACUGCAUCCGCGACAACCUGAAGGCGAACUCGCACUGCCAGCCCCGGGUCCGGGGUUCGCUUCCCGGCAAGUACACCGUCGGGCAGUGGCGGUUCGAGACGCCAUACUUCAACGCCUCCUACAUCGACCAGGGCAUGGUGAUCAGGAACCAUAAUAAGUGUUAUGUGUCGGAAUUCUUCUUCAACAAGAAGACAGACGUAGCCGUCAUCGCCAUCGACUGCCCGAACCUGGGCUUCGAGUCCGAUCGUCUUCUUCUGCAGCACUACUCUUUAAAGGAGGACACCACCUACAGCUAUCACAUCAGAGGCACCUACCCUCUGAUCCGGCUGACGAUGAACGUGCAGAAAGCCAACCGCCUCAACAUCUGCAACGGGUUCACGUUCGCCGACGUCACGGCUCUGCCGGUCUUCCACAUCGACCCUAAAGACAAGAAAACAGCGGGUUUCCUGACCCAGGACCUGUCCCACCUGAAUAUCUACGAGCGAGAAACAUUCUUCUACCGCGCCAACUAUCUGAUCCGGGCUUACAUCAACAACUACAUCUGUGACUUCGGGUGCUAUUAACUUACAAAUUUUAUAUUAAAGGAAAAAAUGGAAAAAUUUACGCUUCCAGCAGGACUUGAACCCGCAUCCUCCACAAUCCGUGUGUUGCUCUUAACCAAUUGAGCUACGGAAGCCUACCAGGACAUCGCAAAUCUUUCCAUUCCUUUCUUUUUAUGUAAACACGCCUUUGGGGUGGCGUAUAGCGACAUCUACCGAAAGACAAUUACAUCUUUUAACGGCACCGGAGUCUCAAGUUUAAAUUCAAGCGUAAAUUUUUCCAUUU